AAUCUUUCUAAAGAUGGUCAAAUGUGUAUCUCUAAUAUAGAUCGAGUCUAUUGGCUUACCUUCCAAAUUCCAAUCAUCUCCAUUUCUUACUCUACUCUCAAUCCUCUCCACUCAUAUAUAAAUCCCGUUUCUCUCUUUCCCUUUCUUCUUCCUAUCCUACCCAACUUUCUUUCUCUUACUUACAUACAAACAAAAUUAAGGAACACCCUUUAAAUUUAAAGUCAAGUCCUACAAAUUAUGGGACGCUCACCUUGUUGUGAAAAAGCUCAUACUAACAAAGGUGCUUGGACUAAAGAAGAAGAUCAACGUCUCAUUGAUUAUAUUCGCCUCCAUGGUGAAGGUUGCUGGCGCUCCCUUCCUAAAGCUGCCGGUUUGCUUCGGUGUGGUAAAAGUUGUAGGUUGAGAUGGAUUAAUUACCUUCGACCAGAUCUUAAGCGUGGUAAUUUUACUGAGGAAGAGGAUGAACUUAUUAUCAAACUUCAUAGUUUGCUUGGCAACAAAUGGUCCCUAAUUGCCGGAAGAUUACCGGGAAGAACAGAUAACGAGAUUAAAAAUUACUGGAAUACUCAUAUUAAGCGUAAGCUUAUUAGUAGAGGGUUGGACCCACAAACCCACCGGGCGUUAAAUUCCACCACUGUUAACUCCCCCAUUGGAGCAACCGGUAAAAAACCACCGGAAAAUUUAGAGUUUAAUUUACCGGUUAUUACUCAAUAUGCAACUGUUCCUCAAACAAUUGAAUUUAAGAAAAGCUAUUCAGAUAUGUAUUCAAAUAAAGUAAAAAGUGAUUCUUGCAAUAGUGGGACCACUACAGAUGAUGGGCAAAUAGGUCGAAUUUUGAGUCGGGUUCAGAUUAGUAAAGAAGAUCAUGAUAUCGAUUUGGAGCUGUCAAUUGGGUUAUCAAAGUUUCAAGGUGAGGCUCGAAACUCUACGGCUAGUAGUGCAGAGUCGGGAGUUAUGAAUCUAGGUUCAAGUCUGAAUUCGGGCUUGGGAUCAUUUGAAUUAUUUAAUCAACCAAUAAAUAAAGUUGGUGGAACUUGUAUGUGUUAUGAUUUAGGGUUUCAAUGGAAAGGUACUACUAAUAUGAAUGGUGAAGGACAAGGUAAUUGUAGUAAAUGUCAAGGAAAAAGUGGGUACGUACCCAUAUUUUCUAGGUACAUUGGCCUAUUGGGUUCAUAGAAUUGAUGAUACACAAUAGGGGUUGUACUACUUUUAUUAUAGGUAUUGGUAUAAAUGCUUUCACUAACUCCCCUACCAAAUUGUAUUAAUUUUGGGGGUCCCACAACUUUUGAUUUUAUCUUUUGUCCAAUCAAAAAUUCACAAUGGGAAAUGAAGAAAAUCUAUUAUAGAUAAAUAUCUUUAUCCUAUGGGAUGUUUUAUCUUAUCCACAAAUUACAUGUUAUGUUUGAGUAUUACCAAUUUGUAAUGUUCAUAGAAUCAUUAAUUAAUAUUAAAUCUCAUUUAUAAGUUAUGUAUAAAAAUUCUAAAUAUGUUUAUUGUAAUGUAUCUUUUCCAAUGAUACAUUCAAAUUACCAUUUAAUUGAUAGAUUUGUAUUCAAUAUGUAUUUUACUAAUAUAAAUUGUUAUGUGAGAUGGACUUUU